UUGCGUAUUGCAGUAAUCUGUGAUAUGUCAUGAACGAUGGUGGGGUGUUUCAUAACCUUGUCGACGUAUUCGUUGUGUCUUUAAUAGACAGUAUGACUGAAAUUAUCUAUAGUUGCAAGUCAGGAACGUUAUAACGAAUUUAAAAAUAAUUUUAGAUCGAAUUGAUUGAAAUAUAAAAAGAAAAAAAAAAUAUAUAUAUAUAAUUUCGUUAAAGUUUUAUAAGUAAUCCAAGGAAUGGCGUUAGUACGUAAAUUUCAUCAAUUAUCAAAGUCAAUAUUAAUUUUAAAUUCAACGAGGUCCGUUCGUAAAUCUAUAAAAAAUAUUCCAAUAAUUUCAUUCGUACGAACGUCGUCGUCGUCGUCGUCGUCAACGUCUCAACCACUUUCAGAAAAACAAGAAGUAAGUAUAACGUUCGUUAGGGCCAGCGGUCAAAGGAUAAAGGCUAAAGGCAAAGUAGGAGAUACGAUUUUGGAUAUAGUCGUAAAUAAUGAAGUUGACUUGGAUGGUUAUGGUGCUUGCGAAGGUACAUUGACCUGUAGUACUUGUCAUUUAAUUUUUCCCAAGGAAGUGUAUGACAGUCUACCUGAUAAACCAACAGACGAAGAAUUAGAUAUGCUUGAUCUAGCAUAUGAUUUAACUGACACAUCCAGAUUAGGAUGUCAGAUAGUCAUGACAAAAGAAUUAGAUGGCAUUGAAGUGAAGGUCCCAGCUACGAUCAAUGAUGCACGAGCUUGAUGUUGUGGUUGAUUUCUAGUUCCAUUCUGUCCAUAUUAAGUAAACCAAUAUAAACGCCAAUAAUACCAAAUCUGGAUGGUCUUUAUAAAUAGUAAAACUAUAUCCAUAAUACUACAUUAAUACAAAUUAAUCCAAGCACAAAUGUAAUAUUAUGUAUAUACUGGCCAAAAA